GGCCACCACUGGGCCGGGUUUCUGGGCGCUGGACUGACCAUCGGUUCAGCUUGAGGCUGGAGGGACGUGGGGGGCAGCGAGCCGCCUGCAUCGCGGUGCAGUUUGGACCCGGCCGCCUUUUCGCGGAGGUGCGGCGCCCUGGCUACCCGGUUGCUGCUGUGGGCCUGUGAGCCGGUGGGCCGGUGGUCCAGCCGGACCGCAGAAGCCGCGUGGUGGUCGAGGAGCUGGAAGGAAAUCUGUGUCAAGCCCACCCCCGCCGGGCGGGGGCCCCUCUCUCAACCAAAGUUUUUCUCUCCCCUCCCCCUGUUCUGCAGGCUUGUUACUCGCGUCAUGGCUGAAAGGGCCUUCCCGAAUCCUUAUGCCGAUUAUAACAAAUCCCUGGCUGAAGGCUACUUUGAUGCUGCUGGGAGGCUAACUCCUGAGUUCUCACAACGCUUGAACAAUAAGAUUCGAGAGCUUCUUCAGCAAAUGGAAAGAGGCCUAAAGUCAGCAGACCGUCGGGAUGGCACUGUUUACACUGGCUGGUCAGGUAUUGCUCUCCUUUACUUACAUCUUUAUGAUCUGUUUGGGGACCCUGCCUACCUACAGAUGGCACAUGGAUAUAUAAAGCAGAGUCUGAGCUGUCUGAGCAAGCGGUCCAUCACCUUCCUUUGUGGGGAUGCAGGCCCCCUGGCGGUGGCCGCAGUGUUGUAUCACAAGAUGAACAAUGAGAAGCAGGCAGAAGACUGCAUUGCCCGGCUAAUGCACCUAAAUAAGAUUGAUCCUCACGCUCCAAACGAGAUGCUCUACGGACGCAUGGGCUACAUCUAUGCUCUUCUCUUCGUGAACAAGCACUUUGGAGAGGAAAAGAUUCCUCAGAGCCAUAUUCAGCAGCCCAGCCUUCAAGUGAGCCAUGGGAAGCUACACAGUUUGGUCAAACCCAGUGUAGACUACGUUUGCCAGCUGAAAUUCCCAUCUGGCAAUUACCCUCCUUGCGUGGGUGAUAGUCGAGAUUUACUAGUGCACUGGUGCCAUGGUUCCCCAGGGGUAAUCUACAUGCUUAUCCAGGCUUAUAAGGUGUUCAAAGCGGAGCAGUAUCUCAGUGAUGCGUAUCAGUGUGCUGAGGUGAUCUGGCAGUACGGGCUGCUGAAGAAAGGGUAUGGACUGUGCCAUGGCGCCGCAGGGAAUGCCUAUGCCUUCCUGUCGCUGUACAACCUCACUCAGGAUAUGAAGUAUCUCUACAGGGCCUGUAAGUUUGCUGAAUGGUGCUUAGAUUAUGGAGAGCACGGAUGCAGGACACCAGACACCCCCUUCUCCCUCUUCGAAGGAAUGGCUGGAACAAUAUAUUUCCUGGCUGACCUUUUGGUGCCCACAAAAGCUAAAUUCCCUGCAUUUGAGCUGUAAAAGGAGAUCCUGCCACCUGCAACUCACUGCAUGACCCUUUCUUUAUGUCUAAACUGGGUUGGCUGUUUUUGUGGCUUUUCAAGGAAAUAGAAUCAAACUGUACUUGA